AUGCCCGUCGCAUGGUCCUGGGCCAUGCGCACAGCGACAUUAGCGGUAGUGCUGCUUGUGCUGCCACUGCUCGUCGCGGUGCCGGUGGAUGAGCUUUCGCUCUUGCUCGAUCCCGAAGAACCAGUCGAGGUAGGCAAGGACGUGGCCGUAGUAGUCGAUGAAGACGAGCCAGAGGCAUCGGACGCAUUCUUCGAGCCACACUGGCUUUGGGCCUCCUUGCACUUCUCGUCGCCGUCAAGUUCUCCUGGCAGACGAAGAAGGGGACAGUCUCCGCGUAAGGCGCGACGUCAGCAUCGGUGCCAUUGGAGCAUGUGCAAGUGA